AUGGACGGUCUACAAUUACGAGAUGAGGCGGUGCGCGACCGGAUCAGAGCUGCAGAGGAGUUUCUCGACCCAAAUGACCCGCGAGCACGAAGUUACAGAGCAGAUAUCAUGGUCAUGCUCGGUCGCUCAUCACGAAGAUUACCAGUAUCACUCGAUGAGAUCCGCGCACACAGCAGAGAGAUGGCCGACGGCAUCCUCAACCAGCCCUUCGAUUUCUCACAAGCCUUCGACCGCGCUGUCAAGAACAUCGUCAACACAUUACCCGGCAGACCUGCGCAUGAGACGGCAGACGAGACAAUGUACUACUGCGCCUUCUUUGGCAGCUUUGGAGAGUUUGCGACCAACCCUCGCACGUUGAGUUCUGUCCAUCUCAACCACAUGGUGUCGCUGGAGGGCAUCGUCACAAAGUGCUCUCUCGUACGCCCAAAGGUGGUCAAGAGUGUGCAUUACAACGAGAACAAGACUUCCUUCCACUUUAGAGAAUACAGAGAUCAGACCAUGACCAUGAAUGGCGCUGCCAGCACGAGCGUCUACCCCACCGAAGACGACGAAGGCAAUGCCUUGGUCACUGAAUACGGCUUCUGCACAUACCGCGAUCACCAGACUAUUUCCAUCCAAGAAAUGCCAGAGCGCGCGCCCGCUGGUCAAUUGCCGAGAAGUGUCGACGUCAUCAUGGACGACGACAUGGUCGACAAGGUGAAGCCUGGUGAUCGUAUCCAACUCGUGGGCAUCUACAGAUCCCUCGGAAACCGCAACGCUGGAGCGGGAAGCUCGACUUUCCGUACUCUGGUCCUCGCCAACAAUGUCAUUCUUCUCUCGUCCAAGUCAGGAGGUGGCAUCGCUCAAGCCACCAUCACCGACACCGACAUCAGAAACAUCAACAGAAUCUCAAAACAACGCAAAGUUUUCGAACUUCUGUCACAGUCCCUGGCUCCCAGUAUCUACGGCCAUGACUACAUCAAGAAGGCGAUCCUACUCAUGCUUCUCGGUGGUAUGGAGAAGAACUUGGAUAACGGCACUCAUUUGAGAGGUGACAUCAACAUUCUCAUGGUUGGCGACCCCUCGACUGCGAAAUCUCAACUUUUGCGCUUCGUCCUGAACACUGCUCCCUUGGCCAUUGCUACUACAGGUCGUGGUUCGUCUGGCGUCGGUCUGACCGCUGCAGUCACAUCUGACAAAGAAACUGGUGAACGUCGACUGGAAGCUGGUGCCAUGGUUCUUGCUGAUCGUGGCGUUGUCUGUAUUGAUGAGUUCGACAAGAUGUCCGAUGUCGAUCGUGUCGCUAUCCACGAAGUCAUGGAACAACAGACUGUCACUAUCGCCAAGGCUGGUAUCCAUACUUCUCUCAACGCCCGCUGCUCGGUCGUCGCAGCAGCCAACCCCAUCUACGGUCAAUACGAUACUCACAAGGAUCCUCACCGCAACAUCGCCCUACCUGACUCUCUCCUGUCACGUUUCGAUUUGUUGUUCAUCGUCACUGACGAUAUCGAGGAUGUCAGAGAUAGACAGAUCUCAGAGCACGUGCUUCGUAUGCACAGAUACCGCCAACCAGGCACUGAGGAAGGCGCUCCCGUCCGUGAGCAAGCAACUCAAUCGCUUGGUGUCGGUCUCGAAGAAGAAGCCGACUCAGACAAGACUUCCGACAUCUACGAAAAGUACAACGUCAUGCUGCACGCCGGUGUUACAGUUACUGUCGGUCGCGGCUCAGGCCGCAAGGUCGAAGUUCUGAGCAUCCCCUUCAUCAAGAAAUACAUUCAAUACGCCAAGUCAAGAGUCAAGCCCAUCCUCACCUCCGGCGCCGCAAAUCACAUCAUCGCCACUUACUCAUCCCUUCGUAAUGAUGAGAUUGAAAGCAACCAACGCAAGACCUCUCCCAUGACUGCUCGUACUCUCGAGACUCUUAUUCGUCUGAGUACCGCACAUGCCAAAUCCCGUCUAUCGAGUCGAGUGGAGCAGAAAGAUGCCGAAGUCGCCGAGAACAUCCUGAGAUUUGCGCUGUUCAAGGAAGUCGCAGAGGAUGAACGCAAGAAGCGCAGAAAGAUCCGUGCAACUACUGAACCACUCUCCUCGGAUGACGAUAGUGAAGGUGACGAAGACAUGGAUGCAGCAACCACAAACCGCAGUUCCACACGCCGUGGUACGACACCAGCAAGAAGAGGCGCAAGAAGAAGCCCCAUCAAUGGAGACGAGCACACAGUCUCCGGCGCUCUACCAGAUGAAGACGAAGAUCUUUACUCCGCCACACCCAGAACGAAUCGCACGAGACAGACACAAACACAAUCCUCUCUACCUCCGCCAUCAUCUUCGCAGUUCUCCCUCGCAUCUUCCCGUCCUGCAUCACAGCUACUUGACUCACAAUCGCAAUCCCAAGCCGCAGAACCAGAAAUCGCAGAAACACGACAAGGCAUCACAUCCGAACGUCUUUUAAUCUUCCAAACAGCGCUUGGUCAACUCAUCGAUGGAGAAUUAUUCGCCAAUGAUGCGGCGGAUGUGGAACCAUUGGUGCAAGCUGUCAAUGCAAGAGUCGGUGCAGGAGAAGCGUUUGAAAAGGAAGAAGCAGAGUUUGCAUUGACGGAAUUGAAUGAAGCUAAUAAGAUUAUGUUUUCUGGUGGUGUGGUUUAUAAGAUCUAG